AUGUAUCGUUCACAACUUCAACGCACUCUGCGGUCGCAGAGUGCUGCACUUAUCCGUGCUUCAUGUCGAACGGGGGUUUCUCCUCAGACUCGCGCAGCAUUCUCCACCUCAGGGCGGCGCGAGAUCAUGGGAAUGACCGGCUUCACGGAAGAACAACUCACAGUGCGAGAAGCUAUUUCGCACAUUUGCUCGAAAUUCCCCAACACCUACUGGCAAGAGCGUGACCAACAAGAAAAAGAUCCGAAGGAAUUCCAUGCUGCUUUGGCUAAGGAUGGAUGGCUUGGCAUUGCUUUGCCAGAAUCACUUGGAGGUGCUGGUUUAGGUAUCUCUGAGGCCACAAUGAUGAUGCAGACCAUUACACAAUCUGGCGCGGGCAUGGCCGGUGCGCAGGCUAUUCACGCCAACGUGUAUGCAACACAGCCAUUGGCCAAGUUCGGCACCAAGGAGCAGCUCGAAACCACCAUUCCAAAUAUUAUCAAUGGCACGUGGCGCACCUGCUUUGGUGUCACAGAGCCAAACACCGGUCUUGAGACCCUCAAGCUCACAACGCUAGCUAGCAAGACAGCCGACGGGUAUUCAGUCACCGGUCAAAAGAUCUGGAUCACCUGUGCGCAAGUGGCAUCUAAGAUGAUUCUCCUCGCCCGAACCACACCCAUCGAAGAAGUGAAGAAGACCAGCGAGGGACUCUCACUCUUUUGUAUUGAUAUCGACCGUGAAAAUCCCGGUCUUGAUCUUCGCAAAAUUCGGAAGAUGGGUGGACGCGCAGUGGAUGCCAACGAGGUGUUCUUCGAUAAUUAUAAGAUUCCUGCCAACACGUUGAUCGGCGCUGAGAAUCAAGGCUUCAAGAUUAUCCUCCACGGCAUGAACGCAGAGCGAUGCCUUCUCGCCGGUGAGGCAUUGGGUCUCGGCUAUGCUGCUCUGGAGAAGGCCUCACAAUAUGCCAAGGAGCGCGUGGUAUUUGGACGACCAAUUGGCCAGAAUCAAGGUGUGGCGCAUCCGUUGGCUGAUGCAUACAUGAAGCUCGAGGCGGCGAAGCUGGCAACCUACCAUGCAGCGCGUCUCUAUGAUACCAACGAUGGCUCGGUUCCCUUCCAUGAGAUUGGUGUGGCAUGUAACAGUGCCAAGUAUCUAGCUGCAGAAGCUGCCUUCACGGCUUGUGAACGAGCAGUGCUGGCGCAUGGUGGUAUGGGAUAUGCGGUGGAGUACGAUGUGGAACGAUACUUGCGUGAAUGUUUCGUCCCUCGCAUCGCACCUGUCAGUCGGGAGAUGAUCUUAAAUUAUGUUAGCGAAAAGGUGCUCGAGCUACCUAGAAGCUACUAG